CGCGAAAAGGUUCGUGGCGUAAGGCCAGCCUCGCACAGAACCCACCUUGGGGAAAUGAGAGUCAGCCCUCUACAAAGUCAUAAAGACAGUGCGGCCACCAUGCAGCAGACUCUGGCAUCAAGACCAUUACGGCCCACGCGCCUCCCAAGACAGGGAACAAGCUCAUCAACAGCAAACUGCUUCAGACUUACUCCAUGGAGCUUGAAAUGCUUUCUAAUAACGAUCGCGCAGGGCAUUCGAGUGCCCUUGCCGACGAUUCAUUGAGUGCCUCUAAAGAUGCUAGUCGAUGUGAUAUCCAGCUCCUGGAUCAGGAACACACCCCGAAUGCUCGGCGGCGACUGCUUCCUACUGGACCGCGACGACACUAUCAGCUGGAUGAAUUAGAGUCGGACCUUAAUGAGCGAGCUAUAGAUGACCAGGAAAUCUUUGCUUUUCUCCGCGAUUACUCACAGUUCAAGGAACAUCCUUCUGGCAGACUCUUUGAGUCGUUGAUAUGGAUAAACACAUUUGCUCCUCCAGUUGUAGCUGCUGCUGCAGUACCAGAAGAUCAAACGGCUGGCGACGACAUGAUGCUCGAAAACCGGCAGCAUACAAAACGUAAGACACGUGGUCGCUCGACCUCACUAAGUUUGUUGCAUGAUCCUGAUUUUGCCAAGCCUUCUGGCUAUUUUAUUUUCUUCAAUCUUGUCACUGAUAUCUGCUUACGUUCCCCUGCUUAUUUUGCUCCUGUAGAUGAUGGAAUUAUCCGGCGUUCCACGUUUCCCGCCGAGCCAAACUUUUCUGAAAAUUUACGCCUUUUACGUUCUCUGCUGAUGACCAGUGAAUCCAAUUGCUUUCUACAGCUCUGCGUUCUUGCAGCAGAAAGCAACUGCAUUGGAGACUUGUUUACGUUCAGACAAAACGUCCAAGCCUCAUACAAGGCUCAAAUCAGCCGCCUGUACGGUGCACCACGACAGGCUCUGAUUCAUACUCUUGCUAAAGAGUGGCGAAUUAAGAAUGACGUCGUUUGGCGUUUGCUUGGGGUCAAUAAGCCUGCGAGAACCUCUCUUAGACUGCCCUCUGCUGGUUCCCCUCCUCCCCUGCUGGAUCUGAAUUCCUUGACUGGCACCUCUUUUACUCUUCGCUGGCAAGCCAAGUCGCCCAGGUAUAGCAUUGAUUUCGACAUCUAUGUGUGGCAGCCAUUCCGACGUGCUCCGCCCGAUAGAUAUGCUCAAAUCAACAUGCUACCCGCACAGGACAAAAAUUCUCGACAGAUGAUUCUCUUGGUGGAGAACACUAAUCAACUCCAAAGGCUUCGAGAAUCGCUCCUGCCUCAUAGCAACGAGGACGAUGAUCAAUUCUUAGUCGAAGACAAAAUCAUGACGUCGAUACUUGUCGUGUUUGAGCAAAUGGUAUACGAUACGACGCAUUUCAUGGAAGAUGCCAUUGACCAAUGCAAUAAUCUGCUUUAUGAAGGGCGAGUGAGACCUUCCGGAAGCAAAGUGCAAUUCCUUACUCAUUUGAGUGACUGUCUGAACAAGGCUGUCGAGGAUACUGCGCACUCCCUUCUGUGUCUUUCGGAAGUGAAGCUUUUCCUCGAAGGAUAUGGGCAGAGCAUACCCGAUGCAAGAAUCUCCUCCUUUGAGAAACGGAUAGAGGGUCUCAAAGUUGAUUUGGGAUUUCUCCAAGGCGAAUGUCGCGCUCUGGAAAAGCGGAUCAACGGUUUUGAUGGUCUCCGUACGAUGGUAAGACUACGAUCUUUCCAAAUGACCUAAAUAAAAUAUUCUAUUAAAACGCUGAACAGAUCAACGAGCACAUUAAC